UUCCAGUUAAAUUCGGCUGUCAUGAAAUAUACAAAAUUUUUAUUAAUAGAUUUUGGUUUUAAAGAUUUCUAAUUAAUUAAAAAAAAAAACUAUGAAAUUAAUUCUGUAUACAUCCAAACAGUUUAUAUAAGCAUAAUGCACUUCCAAUUAAAUUGAAACUAAAAUACCAGCAACAAAAAACAAAAAUAAAAACAAAAAUAAUGCUUUCUCGCAAAAGCAAAGACAAAUCUCUCAAAGAAGGUGUUGUUGGUAAAUAUGUAAAAAAGGACAAACCGCCCGAAAUUCCAGUGAUUAACGUUUGGUCUUUCGAUGACAACAAGAACAAAGGAAAAAACCGACGCAACAGCCAAACCCUCUCCCACCGAACAGACAAAGAUAAAUUCGGAAGCACCAAGAACAUUGUCAAGACCACCGGCCUCGGUUACUUUGGCAAAUUCACUCCUAGUCUCUCCUCACACAAUCUAACCCGCCGCUGUGCCAGUUCCUCUCCCAAUUGUGAAUCCUCCUCCUACAACGAAUAUUCCAUUCAGGAUUCACAUCAGCACGAUGUCUACCAUGCCCGCCGAGCUCACUCGCAACUCCCCUCACGCCAACAACAGCAACAAUACUUGCCAGCAACUCUUUCCUUCUCUAGCAACAAUCUGAGCAAUAAUAACAGCAAUUAUGUUAAUAUCGAUCAGAUUGAUAGAAUGCGCCAGCAAUCGGAACUGCCUUAUAGCGGUUCUUCGUCGUCGUACAAUGCUGGCGGGUUUGGGAGUGGGCGUGGCGGUAGGAUAGAUAACUUUCAUCGCAAUUAUUCGGUUAAUCAGAAUCAUGCACACACUUACGAUGCAAGGUACAAGGGAGAUAGGGAGGACUUGAUUGCUAUACAGAAGUAUGCGAAUGCGAUUAGGAAUCGACAUAAUAUGUCGCCAAGGCCGCAAUCGCCACCAAUGUCGCAGCAGCGACAUCAGCAUUCGCAGAUGAGUCUUACUUUGGCUUCGGGAGGGAAUUAUAGUUCGGAGAAUUUUCCUAUUUAUGAAAAUCAUUAUCAAACAUCGAAUAAUGGAGGGGUUGGAAAUAGCGUUAUUUCGGCUGGAGCUGCGGGGGGACCUUCGUCGUCGAAUUCGGGAGCAAUGAGUGGGAUGAUUCAGCGAUCAGAGUCACCGAUAUACAGUAACACAAAUUCGAAUCUUUUGUCGGCGUACGAUGUUCCCAGUAACUCGAGGUAUGGUGCCAACAGUUCAAUGCAAUCGCUAUAUUCAAAUAUGCAAAACGAAAAUGCUGCCGCCGCAGCUGCAAUAGGAUACCAACAUUUGGGACAAAAUGUCGCUUUGGUACAAGCUAAGAUUCCUGUAUACCCAUCACUCAAUAACUACGAAGCAGCUCACAUUGUUCACAAUCCAUCGGCCCAUCAGAUGGUGCAACGAGUUCCUUCACAACAGUCGGUCGAGGAGGAACUUCCAUUGCCACCGGGUUGGGCUACCCAGUACACUUUGCACGGCAGAAAAUACUACAUCGAUCACAAUGCACACACCACCCAUUGGUCACAUCCUCUGGAGCGAGAAGGUCUGCCAGUUGGUUGGCGUCGAGUUGUUUCAAAAGUUCAUGGUGUUUAUUAUGAGAACCAACUCACCGGACAAACACAGCUCAAUCAUCCAUGUCUCACAUCAUACUACGUGUACACAACAUCUGCCGAACCCCCGAAAGCCAUUCAUCCUGAACCGCAACCCACCCAGUACAAUCCACACAAUGCUCUGGUACCUGCCAAUCCGUAUCUCCUGGAAGAGAUACCCAAAUGGUUGAUAGUAUAUUCAGAAGCGGAUUCUUCAAAAGAUCACAUGCUUCAGUUUAAUAUGUUCAGUUUGCAAGAGUUGGAAUGUUUUGAUGGAAUGCUGGUUCGUUUAUUCAAACAAGAAUUGGGAACUAUUGUUGGCUUCUAUGAGCGAUAUAGACGAGCUUUGAUUUUGCAAAAGAAUCGCAGAGCUGAAGAGGAUCGAAUUCUCAGUGAAUUCCAUGAAUCAAAUGAAAGCAAUAAACAGCAGCAGCAACAACAGCGGUUAGACUACCACUAAAAAAGUUAAUCCUAUUCUCGUUUCAAAAUUAAGAUCCUCGCACAUAUAACUACCUACCUAUUCGUAUACUGUGAAUAUUCUUCUAAUAGACUGUCACUAUAUAUUUUUUUUUUUAAUUCUAAUUUUUGUUUAACGAACUAAUUGAUAUUGAAUUCAUCAUCACUCGAGACAUAUAAUAUUUAUUAUUAAAACGUGUAAUAUCUUAAAGAACUAAAAUGAAAAAAAAAGUGUGAUAGAUUAUGUCCUUACACCUACACAUAGCUACUAUAUACAUUAUAUUUGUAUUGUCAGGAUAUCUUUAAGCACCACAGAGUUAAAUGAAACAGAGUGCCUUUAGAUUUUAUACUUGGCAUUUAAGAUAAAUAAAGAGUUUUUUUUGUGUAUUUUUGUAUUGUAUUUACAAUAAAAGAGAAAAACUUAACCUAAAUCGAA